AUGGGGCCAGCGUCACCGAAGCAAUUGGUCUUCCUCACAGGAGGCAGUGGGUUUAUCGCAUCCCAUAUCCUUGAGCAGUUGCUAUUUCACGGAUACAAAGUUGUAGUAAGCGUGCGGUCUGCAAUAAAAGGCGACAGCAUUAUAUCCUCUUAUCCUGAGGAUAUUCGAAAGGAUAUUUCCUACGAAGUUGUUGAAGACAUUGCCCAAGAUGGUGCUUUUGACGAGGCAAUCAAAUCCAAUCCUACAAUUGACUUUGUCAUUCAUACUGCCUCGCCGUAUCACAAUAACAUACAAGACCCAGUGAAAGAAUUCCUUGACCCAGCCAUCAAGGGAACAAUAGGUAUUUUGCAUUCAAUUCAGAAAUACGCCGCGGCGAGCGUCAAGCGUUUUGUGUUACUGUCGAGCAUUUCUACAAUUAUCAAUCCUUUCAACCAUGCCGACGUUUACAACGAAGAAGUCUACGGUACAACAACCUGGGAGGAAGCUAUAAGCGGACGACUGACGUACCGUGCAAGUAAAAUAUAUUCGGAACGAGCUGCGUUUGAAUUUAUGGCAAAGGAGAAGCCAAACUUUGACUUGGUUACCGUCAACCCUUCUUUUGUCCUUGGGCCUCCUCCCAAACACUUGACCAGCCUUGAGGCUCUGAAUACAAGCAACCACCGUAUUCGCGACUUGAUCCUCGGCAAAAUGCAGAAGGAGGUGGCCCCAACGGGUCCAUCCCAUGUUUUUGUCGAUGUGCGCGACGUAGCGACUGCCCACAUCCGUGCUAUCGAGAAAACAGAGGCGAGUGGGCAGAGAUUCUUGAUCGCGGGUGGUUAUUUCUCUAACAAGCGGAUUGCUGAGCUUAUUCGAGAGUCAUUCCCGCAGUACAAUGAUGUGUUGCCCCCCGUGGCCUCGGCAGACGAUUUUCCAGAUAACAUUUAUGGCAUCGACAUAUCGAAGUCGAAAACCGUGUUGGGGAUCCAGUACAGAGACCUAAAGACUUGCGUACAGGAUACUGUCGAGGCGAUGAUUCCAAGGAUGUAA